AUGCUAUGUGUUCUCACGGACGUCUCAUUUAGGCUAGCGUUCAUCUCCGUUUCUCUGCAUGAAAACCUAACUUCGCCAUAUCCGCGAACCGGUGUCUCCGUCUGUCGAAAUAACUCAUUCGUUCGAUUGAUUGUCAAUAAAGGUCCUCUCGUCCUCAAGCUCAAUAUUCCUCCGCACGGAUUUCGCACAACCGUUUUCUUGAGCUCAGUCCGUUUUGUCGACAGAUACUGGCCAGUGGGUGUUACGCAGAUACUUCACGUUCCGCUGUGCAGAGUAAUUCUUUCCAAGGUCCUCGGAAUCUCCGAAACGUAUCAGAACCCCAAGAUCGUUCUCGUUCCCCCGUCCAUCUCUUGCGCCUCUGCGGCGGAGAUAUCCCCUGACGAUGACGAAGGCGCACCCAUGGAAUAUCGUAUGGAGCUUUCUCGCCACGAUAUUUGCAUGUACUUGGCUUUCCGUGUAUCCGAACAUUCCGGAGAGCAAAAUUACUCAGAAGGGAGGGAUUUCCUGGGCUAUUGA